AUGUCUUUCCAAGAUCGUGCUCAGCACCAGAUCGCUCAGAUCGAUAAAGAGCUGUCCAAAUACCCCGCCCUGAACAAUUUCGAGAGGCAGACUUCAGUCCCCAAGGUCUAUGCUUUCCUUGGCCUUGUUGGCAUCUACUUCUUCCUCGUUUUCUUCAACAUUGGUGGAGCGUUCCUCGUGAACUUCGCGGGUUUCUUGAUUCCUGGAUACUACUCUCUACAGGCUUUGUUCACGGUCGCAAAGGCUGAUGAUACUCAGUGGUUGACGUACUGGGUCGUCUUCGCCUUCUUGACUGUUAUCGAGAGCGCCAUCAGCGCGGCCUAUUGGUUCCCAUUCUACUAUCUCUUCAAGUUUGUUCUUAUUCUGUGGAUGGCCCUUCCCCAAACUAGCGGCGCACAACUCGUCUUCCACUCCUUUAUCCAGCCAGUUUUCUCCCGGUACUUCCUGAGUGGAUCUACUGCCUCCAACCUCCGGUCCCAGGUAGACCAGGCCACCAAAACCCACUCGUCAUAG